AAUCUAAAACAGGAUAAGUGAGCUAAGUACAUCACCAAUCUUCAAACUUAGAAACUCUGUGAAGUGAAAACCACUGCCACUGGGGGUAGUGAAGAAAAAGCAACAGAAGCACACAACACACAAUGAAUAAGGAUUCAGAAGAAGAAGAAAAACACUCAGAGCAAAACAACAACAUGAACAAGGAGAAUCACUUUCAGCACCACCCAGUUUCUGAACCAUCACCAUCCACCAGUUUCCACUCUCCUUCCCACCGAACCACCAGCAAAUCCCCUUCACCACCACUCCACUCCCUCUCCGACUCCCCAAUUUCCGACGGCCACGGCGAAUUCUCCCCGCCGCAGCCCGAUUCAUCGAUUUCCGAUGACCACUGCUCCCCCACUCACGAAACCCCUCAAAUCAGCCACACCCACUUCCCCUCGCCCGUCGUGGUCGCUCACCGCUUCCAGGUGGAGCCGAAGGUGGUCACGAAAGUAGAUCCCCCCGCCGAAGAGGGUUUCGUCGGUGUCAAAGACGUUGAACAAGACACCGGUAACCGCCGAAUGAGGCCAGAUGUGACGAGUUUGUUGAGUUCGAAGAAAGUUACUCUGUUGAGCAAGGUUUUGAUGGGUUUUAGAGUCACUGCUUUUGUGUUCUGUUUGGUGUCUUGCUCAGUGUUGGCUUCUGAUAAGAAAAAGGGUUGGGCUCAAGAUUCGUUUUAUUCAUACAAGGAAUUCAGGUAUAGCAUGGCAGUGAAUGUGAUUGGGUUUGUGUAUUCUGGGUUGCAGAUUUGUGAUUUGGGGCUGUACUUGAGCACAGGAAAGCACGUAGUGGAGCACCGGUUAAGGGUUUAUUUCAGUUUUGCACUUGAUCAGAUCUUGACAUACCUUCUAAUGUCAGCAUCAUCAUCGGCUGCCACUAGAGCCUAUGACUGGCAGUCCAAUUGGGGUGAGGACAAGUUCCCUUACAUGGCAAAUGCUUCCGUGGCUUUAUCCUUCGUUGCUUUUGCGGCCUUUGCCUUGGCCUCUCUUGUCUCAGGUUCUAUCAUCUGUAGGUUUAGAUAGUUUAUAUGAAUAUUGUGAGUGAGAUGUGUAAAAUCUUAUGUGGUUCUGGAUUGGAAAGUGCCCUGAACUUUCCGAAAGAGGACUCACUUUGUACAGAGAAGGGAAAAUUUAAUCAUGCUUGUGUCCAUUUUAUAUUGUAUAGAUCCAAAUCGGAUUAUUUACAAGUUGUUGAACUAGCAUGUCUUUGUACUUAAGUAUUUAAUAAGAUAUGUAGCAUGCUUUCUUCACAAGAGAUGGAUUGACUUGGGGUGACUGGGUGAGGUUGGUGAUGUUUCUCAAGUAGAUUUGAAGGAUAAUUGUUAUGAAUGCAAGUGAGUCUAGUGCCCACAUUAGUUAAGAAUAAAAUAUGUGACCCAUGUAGCUGAUGCCAUAAGAUGUGGUGUCCGAUUCUCUAGAUGGUCUUCAAUGUUGGCUCAUUGGUGCAAGUUCUCUUACUCUGGGUCCCCCCUACCUCCUAACAAGUGGUAUUAGAGUCGAUGAUGACAACCAUGAGUGGUUUUUGGAUUGUUUCCCCCGAGGGGGAAAAUAGUGUAAUGUUGAUGUGACUCACACUUGAGGGAGAUGUCAUUGUGAAUGCAAGUGAGUCUAGUUUGAUGUCUUGUGUUUUCUUGGCUCAUUUUCACUUUGAGCUCUCCUUUAGCACUUAAUGUACACCUGACUUGAAUAUUCUUUUAAAAAGAAUUCUAUUUAUCUCGGCACAGUAUAACA